GCCCUGCUAAUGACAUGACACAGUGAAAAACCUGAGCAUCCGAACUGCAUUGACUUCGUGCACAUGCUCAGUAUGCCAGUAAAGACAGCUUCAAUUUACCAUCUGAGGUUUCUGUUUGUUUUAGCCAGCAAUCCUGCUGCUGUUUAUUCUGCUGUUUUUUUAAACUUGCUCUGAAAUCUGUUUAUUUAGUCAGUCAUUUAUUUUUGCAUGUUGUUUUCACUGCUGACGAAGAAGCCUUCUCACUAGAUAUUCCUCAGCACUGUUGUAUGUAUGGUUACAUUUUCCAGGGUGUUUCUUUAGUAAAGGAACAUUCUGACUCAUUUCAUUUUCUGUCACACGUUGCUUUCAUGAGCACUCAUGACCUUACUGUGGCAUAUUAUCCUGAAAUAAUACAGCUUGGAAAAAAUGCUCCUGCAUUGUUUUACCAUGAUUCUGUACUCUGCAAUGGAUGCCUGAAAAAUGGUAUUCACCUCUUAGAACAGCAAAUUAUGAGAUAAGCAAGGAUGGAUUUUAGUUCCUCUUCUGUGUUUGAUCACCCUAAAGGUGAUUCUGCCGAAGAAACUGACUUGACAGUAGUUUAUCAAUCUGCGGCUAAUGGUGACGUGAACACACUAACUGCUGUGAUCCGUGAAGACCCCUCCAUUCUGGAAUGCUGUGACAGUGAGGGUUCAACACCCUUAAUGCAUGCCAUUUCGGGACGUCAGGUUGACACAGUGAAGCUCUUAUUGAAGAUGGGUGCAUCUAUUAAUACCCAGGAUGCCUGUGGGCGAACCUGUUUAUCUCUGGCAACCUAUUUGGGAUGGCUUGAAGGCUGUGUAACUCUUCUAAGGAACGGAGCCAAACAAAAUAUACCUGAUAAAAAUGGACGACUGCCAAUUCAUGCAGCUACAGCUGAUCCUGAUGUCAAACUUAUGGCAGUAUUAUUACAACAGUCAACUGUUUGUGAAAUUAAUCAUCAGGACAAUGAGGGUAUGACACCUCUUCACUGGGCUGCAUUUCACAACAGACCACAGCAUGUUCAAGCCUUAUUGCAAAGAGGUGCAGAUCCAACCUUGGUUGACAAAGACUUUAAAACUGUUCUUCAUUGGGCAGUGCAGAGUGGAAACCGACUUUUGUGCUCUAUUAUCUUGGAUCACCACCUGGGCCAGAGUAUUAUAAAUUAUGAUGACGAAAACGGGAAGACGUGUAUGCACAUUGCUGCAGCAGCAGGGUAUAGUGACAUCAUCUAUGAACUUGCAAAAGUUCCAGAAUGCAACCUGCAGGCCCCAGAUGUAGAUGACAGGACUCCGCUACACUGGGCUGCAGCAGCAGGAAAGGCCAGCUGUGUUCAGGCAUUGCUAGAACUAACUGUAGACAGCAGUCCAAGAGACAUUAAUGAAAACACACCACUGACAUAUGCCAUGUACUGCGGGCACACAGCAUGCAUCAGACUGUUGUCUCAAGAGAACAGAGCAGAUCCAGUGAAUCCUCAGUCUUCGCAGAACAGCAGAAACAUAAAAAAGGAAGGCCGGUUUAGUGUACUAAAUCAAAUAUUUUCUUGCAAAAAGAAAAAAGAUGACCAAAGAAUAGACCGCAAGGAUAAAAGCAGAGACAAGUUUUUCAGGGAAGAAACUUCAGAAGUUGAUGACAUCAUUACCACCUUUGACUGCAUAAUGGAUACAAACAAUAAAGAGUCCUCUGAGGACCAAGAUAGUAGUACUGAUGUCAAAAUGAGGACCAUGGAAUCUAGCAAAUACAACUUGCUGGAGAAAAGACAACCAAAAGAAUAUAAAUGCCUUCCUCCAAUAAGGACACAAAGUCUCCCACCUAUUACCUUGGGUCAGCCAUUUAUGCCAUCUUCUCAAAGCACAUCCAUUGCUUCUUUGAGCUCUAGCAUCUGCCACUUUGGGCGUCGUUCCCAGAAAAGUAGAAGUGAACAUGACUUGUUUGAUCAGCGUCCUGCCUGCCAAAACUUAUUAGACAAUCAGUGGACUAUGGAUGCUAAACAGGCAUUGUUACGAAAGAACUGGAGACCUCCCCUUUCAGAAAAACAUUGGGAACCCUUUACAACAGAAAGGACUAAUGUUUUAGAACUGCCACAUCCUCAGCAACUUCCCCAGCUGCAGAAAGCACCAGCAGGGCUCAGCAUUCAACAUUCUCCUGUGGAACGACUGAAAGUAAAGGACGCAGCUUAUGUUAGAAAUAACCUUGAACCUAUACCUGAUCACUGUGCUAAAAAAACUCAGCUACUAAUGGACCAAAUGCCUCAGGUUAUGAAGAAAUCCAAGUCAUUGCCUCUGAAUACCUUGAGAACUGGAAACUUUAUUCCUCCACCUCUCCACUUAAAGUCUAAGAGAGAUGGUAUUUCCCAAAGCCAUUCUUUUUAUUCAUUCUUGCCAGCCAUAUCAGGAGAACCUCUUCGGAAUAUCCGGGUCUUGCCUGCCAUUCCUUCCAAGAGAAAGCCAUCUCCUCCACAUGAUGACCUUCUAAAAUUACCAGCUGAAGCAGAGAGCAGCAAAUAAUUGAGAUGAUACAAGGGUUGAUGUAGUCUCAUAUGCCUAUUGUGACUGAUGGAUGGUUAAAUAAUGAUGAUUUCAUAAUCCUAUCACUGUGUUGGCCUGCAAAUACAUUUCUUUUAUAAUGGAAUUAUGACACUGACAAAAUAUGUUUCAUAAGAAUAAAGUUUAUCUUUGUUAUCUAUAAUAGAGCUUCAAUGCAUAUUUCUGUUUGGUUAUUCUUUUUUAUUGCCAUGCAAAAAAAUCAGGUCAUAUCGUAUCAGACCAGCUGCGUCAGAUGAUGCUAACUGUAUUGAGACAUUUAUGCACAUUUUUUUAUCUGCAAAUAUGCUUAUCAUUAAUAAAGAAAAUUAAGCUAUGUGAAA